AUGCCCAUCGCCAUAGUAGGCAUGUCCUGCCGCCUCCCCGGCUCCGUGUCCAGCCCCUCCGAAUUCUGGGAACUCUGCGCCCGGGCCCGGAGCGGCUACACCCCAACAAUCCCUUCCUCCUCCCGUUUCAGCAACGCUACCUUCCAGCAUCCGAACCCCGACAAAGCCGGUUGCUACAACCCCGUUGGCGGGCAUUUCAUCGACCAUGUCGACCUGGCGGCUUUCGACGCCCCAUUUUUCAGCUUGACGGAAAAAGAGGUCGUGUCUAUGGAUCCGCAGCAGAGAUUGCUGCUGGAGUGUACUUUUGAGGCGCUGGAGAAUGCGGGGAUGCCAAGGCAUGGGAUUGUGGGAGGUGAGGUUGGGGUUUUUAUUGGGGGGUCGUUUCCCGAAUACGAGGCGCAGUUGUUCAGGGAUAGUGAAAGGAUCCCCAUACAUCAAGCCACUGGUUGCGCAUAUGCAAUGCAAUCCAAUAGGAUUUCGCACUUCUUCGACCUCAAGGGUCCAAGUUUCACAACAGACACUGCAUGUUCUUCGAGUCUCGUAGCCAUGCACCAGGCCUGUCAGAGCUUGCGAGUGGGGGAGUCAAGUAUGGCCAUUGUAGGGGGUUGUCACCUGAACACGAUGCCAGAAUUCUGGAUUUCUUUUUCGAAGUCGAGACUCUUCUCCGACUCAGGAAGAUCCUUCUCCUUCGACAACAGGGGUACCGGAUUUGGCCGCGGUGAAGGAUGUGGUAUGGUGAUUUUGAAACCGCUGGAAGAGGCCCGAAGAAACAACGACUCGAUCCGGGCCGUUAUAGUUGGGAGCGGAGUAAAUCAAGAUGGAAGGACUCCGGGUAUCACGAUGCCCUGUGGUACUGCACAAGAAACUUUAAUGAGGCAAGUCUACACCAAGUCAGGCCUCGACCCCAAUGAUACUGGCUUCAUCGAAGCGCACGGCACAGGAACCAGAGUCGGUGACCCAAUAGAAGCAACGGCCAUCCACAAUGUCUUUGGCACUCGUACACUAAGAGACCCCUUGUAUUUGGGCUCGGUAAAGUCGAAUAUCGGACAUUUGGAGGGAGCUUCGGGUGUAAUCGCAGUCAUCAAAGCCGCCAUGAUGCUGGAGCGAGGUUUCAUCCUGCCGAAUUACGACUUUAAGCACCCCAACGAAAAGAUUCCGUUUGCCAAGUGGCACAUGAAGGUCCCCACCAGCCAACGCCCCUGGCCCCGAACCAAAAAAUAUAUCAGUGUCAACAACUUUGGCUUUGGCGGGACCAACGCCCAUGUCGUACUCGAGCGCAUUCCCUUCGUACCUCGCAACAACCCCAAAUCUACCGACCUCUACUCGAACAAACCAGACGAGGAAGACAAUCCCAACCGCAAACUCUUCGUUCUAACCGCCAAUGACAAAUUAUCCCUCGAAGCCGUCAUGCAAAACCUCGUAAUAUACCUCGAGCAGCGGCCAGAAAUGUUUCAGAAGGACCUCAUGGGCGAUGUGGCCUAUACACUGGGCCAGCGAAGGUCUUUAUUGCCGUGGCGCGUGGCUAUCCCGGCUUUGAGGUCAUUUGAUCUGAUCGAGGCGCUGUCGAGCGGGCAGAAGGUGGUACCUGCCAAAACACUGGUUGAACCAUUGAGGGUUGGAUUUAUUUUCACGGGUCAGGGGGCGCAGUGGUAUAGGAUGGGGAGGGAGCUAUAUGAACAGUACCCCGUGUUCACCCGCGCGAUGGAUUGGGCGGAUCGGUGUUUGGCAAGAUUGGGGGCGGAAUGGUCGCUCAUUGAGGAGCUGGGUAAAGAUGAAAAUACAUCCGUGGUUGGUGCAGCACAUAUCAGUCAACCUUCAUGCACGGCCAUCCAACUAGCCCUGGUCGAUUUACUCCGAUCUUGGGGCAUCCACCCUGCAGCCGUCGCAGGCCACUCCAGCGGAGAGAUCGGAGCUGCAUACGCCGCUAAUAUCCUUCCUUUCGAAUCGUGCAUGUCCAUUGCCUACCACCGCGGCCGCCUGAUUCCGGUUCUGAAAGAAAGAUAUCCAGAUCUUAAGGGAGCCAUGAUGGCAGUUGGAGGCAACAAAGAGGACUUUGAGUCGCUACUCUCCCAAGUAACAGAUGGAGAGGUCAGGAUUGCAUGCUAUAACAGCCCGUCAAGUCUGACAAUAUCUGGGGACGAGGCUGGUAUCGACCAGUUGAAGUCCAUAGUCGAAGAGAAGCAGCUCUUCAACCGGAAACUCUUCGUUGACACGGCAUACCACUCUCACCACAUGAACCUAAUCGCCAAGGACUAUCAGCAAUCAAUAGCCGACACCAAGCCUCCAAUCUCAACAGAAACCCGGUUCUAUUCUAGUCUUGUCGGUCGCCCUAUCGACGGCAAGGAACUAGAAACAUCAUACUGGGUACAAAACCUGACCUGUCCUGUCCGCUUCUCCGAAGCAGUCCAAAGCAUACUCGAACCCAUCGGCGAGCACAGAAUCGGGAUCAACAUGCUCCUCGAACUAGGACCGCACGCCGCUCUUCAAGGCCCCCUCAAGCAAAUUCUUAAGGCCGUCGGCGGCGAUGCGGCCAAGAUCCCGUAUGCUACAUUACUAUCACGCAAAAAGGACGCGGUGGAGACAGCCAUGGACGUAGCAGCCACGCUAUUCACCAAAGGUGCCACAUUGAACUUCGAAGCCGUCAACUUCGCCAAGCCGGGGAACAACAAACCGCCUAUCCUGCUUACUGACCUGCCGCGAUAUCCCUGGAACCACUCGGCGAAAUACUGGCACGAGUCACGCCUUACCAAGAAGCAGAAGGAUAGGGGGACGCGGAAUGACAUUCUCGGGACCCUGGCCAAUUACUCGAAUGACCUCGAACCGACGUGGCGGAAUAUUGUGAGACUGGAUGAUCUACCUUGGUUGGAACACCACAAGAUCCAGUCCUUGACCAUAUUUCCCAUGUCAGGGUACUUGUCCAUGGCGCUAGAGGCUGCUGCGCAGAGAGCUGCUGCUGCUGAGGUUGAGUAUGACAGAUACCUGCUCCGGGAUGUCUCGGUUGUCGCACCGCUUGUCAUUUCUGAUGAGGACGUGGAGAUGACUACGAAUUUACGUCCACAUCAGGAGGGCACCCUCCUGUCUUCCGAUACGUGGGAUGAGUUCCGCAUCUGUUCCUGGACGACGAUUCAGGGGUGGAAAGAGCACUGCAAAGGGUUGAUUGCUGUGCAGGGUCGCGAAGAUAACGGGGUCGACGAUAUGAGACAGGCACACAGUUCGCAAGCCUUGCUGAGAUCCGCCAAGUUCAUGGUUGACAACUCAGUCCUUUCAACCUUGUGUUCUGAGAAUAUAUACAAGCAACUGUUGGAGCUAGGUGUUGCCUACGGGCCCACAUUUCAGUGCAUUGCUGAUUGCCGCGCUAGCAAUAGUGGUUCGAAGGCUGAGCUUACUGUACCAGAUGUGGCCAAGGAGAUGCCCAAUCACUACCUCUCCGACAGUAUACUCCAGCCAGCCCUGCUUGAAUCCUUGAUCUCCAUGUACUGGCCCAUCGCGUCCGCAGGUAUCAAUACCGUGGAAACGUUGGACACAAUUUACUUGCCUUCUUCCGUCGAAAGAAUCACCAUCUCUCGAGACGUUACCGAAGCAACUAAGGAGCCAGGCAAGGUGUUGGCCGCCUACUGCCAAGGAAAGAUACCCCGAGUUGGGCCCAGACCGACCAAGGUUUCCAUGAUCGCAACCGCAGCAGAUAACACGUCCGAGCCCCUUAUUGCACUGGAGAACUUAACUAUCGCCCCAAUCCUUGAACACAACUCGGAAAUCGAAGAGGGCUACCGCGAGCUUUGUUACAAGCUCGACUGGGAGCCUAUUCUGGAAUCCACCGACUCCGACGCAUCGACUCAGGAACUCGCCGAUGCCGAAGUAGCAAUCAUCCACGCACACAACACAUCACAACAACAACUUGCAUCAAGCCUGUCCAGUAAAAUCGAGCGGCUUAGCGGCAAGAAACCCAACACCAGCAACCUUCUCGAAAGCAGCACCGAAGGCAAACUCUGCAUCGUUCUCUCCGAGCUCGAGAAACCUCUUCUCUCCACCCUCCAGCCUGACGAGUUCGAAGCCCUGCAGCGCGUUCUUACCUCCGUACGUGGCGUCCUCUGGGUCAUCCGAGGCUCCUACGAUACUCCUACCUCCCCCGACUUGAACAUGAUUGCCGGUCUAAGCCGCACGAUCCGCUCAGAAACUCUUCUCCCUUUCGCAACUUUAGACCUUGACGGCCAAACCCAGCUCCCAGAUACCGAAAUUCCAGACGCAGUUCUCAAAGUCUUUAAGGACGUCUUCCGCAACCCUCGCCCCAACCAAGAAAUGGAGUUCACAGAACGCUGUGGCAAAUUCUUCACUGCGCGCAUCGUAGACGAUGAAGCCAUGAACGCACUCGUGCACCGCGAGACCCAAGCAUCUGCCCUCUUGCCAACCAAGUUCGUGCAGGAUGAGAGGCCACUGAAAAUGCAGAUUGCCAAUGCGGGCGCGCUAGAUACCCUGUACUUCACCGAUGCAGCCUCUGGCUCGGACGACGUUACCCGAGACCUGCCCCUGGCCCCUGAUGAGAUCGAGAUUUCCGUCCAAGCCAUCGGCGUCAACCACCGUGACUUGACCACCGCGCACGGUAAGCUCCCGAAUUCAGAUUUCGGCAUCGAAUGCAGCGGGACGAUUACCGCAAUCGGCGCAAAAGUAUCCCAUCUCUCCACCGGCGACCGCGUCGCCGCCUUAACUCUCCAACCCGCCUUCGCGACCACAACCCGCACCAGAUCCUCCUUCGCCAUCAAGCUGCCCCAUGACAUGUCCUUUCAAGACGGCGCGACACUUCCCUUAGCAUACAGCACGGCCUACCACUCGCUCCUCGAACUAGCCCGCCUCCACGACUCGGAACGCGUGCUCAUCCACGCCGCGGCGGGCGCAGUGGGGCAAGCCGCCAUUUGCCUCUCGCAAAUGAUCGGCGCUGAAGUCUUCGCGACCGUCGGCAGCGCCUCCAAGAAGGAAUUCCUCAUGCAGGAAUUCCACAUCCCCGAGGACCACAUCUUCUACAGCCGGAACGCAGCCUUCGGGCGUACUUUGCGCCAGAUUAUGGGAGAUGGGAGUGGGGUCGAUGUCGUGCUGAACUGUCUUUCGGGUGAUGCGUUGGGCGAGAGCUGGGAUUGUCUGAAUCGGUUUGGGAGGUUGGUAGAUAUUGGGACGCGGGAGGCGGGGACGAGUACAAGACUCGAGAUGGUCCAGUCGCAGGGUCACAAUGCGAGCUUUCUGUCGGUUGAUAUCAUGGCGUCGGUGGCGGAGAGGCCCAGGGUUAUGGGGAGGUUGAUGGCCGAGGUGGCGGAUUUGGUCAAGUAUCGGAAGAUUAGGCCGGUGGCGCCGGUGACGGUCUUCGCUAUUUCGGAAGUGGAGGCGGCGUUUAAGAGACUGCAUAGUGCUAAGGGAUAUGGGAAGGUGGUUGUUGUGCCAGGGGCAGAUGAUGUUGUUCAGGCAACUCGUCCAAAGCGACCACGUCAACUUCUGAAAGAAGAUGCGACCUACAUCCUUAUCGGCGGCACGGGGGGCCUAGGUCGCAGCAUGGCCCGUUGGAUGGUUGGCCGCGGAGCCAGACACCUAGUCCUCGUGUCCAGAAGCGGCUCCGCAACUGGCAAAGUCAAGGAACUUAUCGAAGAAGUCGCUCAAGAAGGAGCCGAAGUCGCUGUACAUCGCUGCGAUGUCGCCAAUGCAUCAGAGGUCGAGAACCUUGUGCAGAGCUUGCAGGAGAUGCCUCCCGUCCGAGGCUUGGUGCACGGCGCCAUGGUGCUACACGACGUUCUCUUCGAGAAAAUGACCUACGAGCAAUACGCCACCGUAACCGCCUCCAAAGUCGCCGGCGCCUGGAAUUUCCACCGCGCCCUGCUCUCCUCUUCUCUGCCCCUCGACUUCUUCAUCGCCGUCUCUUCCGCCGCCGGCGCAGUCGGAAACCGCGGUCAAGCCGCCUACGCAGCCGCCAACACCUUCCUCAAUGCUUUGGUCCAACACCGCCUCUCCCUCAGCCUACCCGCUUCCUCGCUCGACCUCACAGCCGUCAGCGACACCGGCUACCUCGCCGAGGACGCCGCCAAAGCCGCAGAAGUCGCGAAGAACCUCGGCGGCGACACCAUCUGCGAGGCCGAGGUGCUUGCCCUUCUCGGCGCGGCGAUUGAUGGCACGUUGGAGAGCGCGUGCAAUAACCACGUCAUCACGGGGAUGCGGAUCACUAAUUUCCCCUCCGCGCCGCCUUUCUGGACCGGGGAUGCGAAGUUCAAGCACCUCCGGCUGGCUGCCGAGAAGAAAGCUGCCGAGGAAGCUGAUGCCUCGGCCGGCGAUCGCACCAAGGCGGUGCAGAAUUGGAAGGCUGCGCUCAAGGGGGCAAAGGAACUAGCUGAGGCGGAACAGGUCGUGUGCGAUGGACUGGUGCAUAAGCUGGCGGCGGUUAUGAUGGUGGAGGAGAAGGAGUUGGAUGUCACGCGAUCUCUGUCGUAUUACCCGCUCGACUCGCUUGUGGCUAUUGAGAUUCGAAAUUUCAUUACCAGGGAAUUUGAGACGACAUUGCAGGUGCUUGAGUUAUUGUCGAGCGGGUCGAUACAGACGCUUGCUAAGGCGGUUUGUGUCAAGAGCAAGUUGGUGAACCUUUAA